UUGGGCAGUCGGAUUCAGGUUUGGUGAGUUUCAGGCGCAGGCUCUGUGUACACCUUACACACAUCGAGACAGAAAGAGAAAGAGACUGAGAGAGAGCGAGAUUCUGUCAAACAAAAAGAGAAAUUAGAGGGAGCUGAAAAACUUUUGGAGACGGCGUUUGGGGGACUCAGGUGACGGACUCCAGAAGAUCCAGCUCCGCUUCGCACCAUGCGACCUUGACCCGAGCGCCUCGUCAGCUGUGUUGGGCUGUGGUGCCCUGACAGCGAGCAAGAGGCCGGAGAGAACCUGACAGAAGAGACACAAAGGUGGAGAAGAGGAAGAGCAAGGGAAGAUGAGAAAGUGACGCAGCGGAUCAUUGCUUUUGAAUGGUGGCAGACGAACCUACGACGGCAGCACAGCUAACACAUCCCAUCACCCCACAGGCCCCAGAUCUGAUUGGAUGGUUUUGUCAGAAUGACAGCCGAAGAUCCUGCUUCCUCCGCGACCAUGAGCAAUAACGCAGCACCCGCCAAACCCUGCAAACCUUCUGGUGCCUCCCACCACUCUCUCCAUGGACAGAUGAACAUGCCCGAGGGUGUUGCAGGUGCUCCCAAUGAGGCUGCACUGAUGUCCCUGAUGGAGCGUACUGGCUACACUAUGGUCCAAGAAAAUGGUCAGCGUAAAUACGGCCCCCCUCCUGGUUGGAACGGUCCUUCUCCUCCUCGAGGAUGUGAAAUCUUUGUCGGCAAGAUCCCACGGGACGUUUAUGAGGACGAGCUGGUGCCAGUGUUCGAGUCCGUUGGACGCAUCUAUGAGAUGCGCCUGAUGAUGGACUUUGAUGGGAAGAACCGAGGGUACGCAUUUGUGAUGUACACAGAGAAACACGAGGCCAAGAAGGCCGUGCGGGAGCUCAAUAAUUAUGAAGUGCGGCCUGGGCGACUGCUUGGGGUAUGCUCCUCUGUGGACAACUGCCGCCUUUUCAUUGGCGGCAUUCCCAAGACCAAGAAGCGUGAGGAGAUCCUGGAGGAGGUCUCCAAGGUGACAGAGGGCGUAUUAGAUGUGAUAGUUUAUGCCAGUGCUGCAGAUAAGAUGAAGAACCGCGGCUUUGCCUUCGUAGAGUACGAGUCACAUCGUGCGGCCGCCAUGGCUCGCAGAAAGCUGAUGCCUGGACGCAUUCAGCUGUGGGGCCACCAGAUCGCGGUGGACUGGGCCGAGCCAGAGAUUGAUGUAGAUGAAGAUGUGAUGGAAACGGUGAAGAUACUCUAUGUCAGGAAUCUAAUGAUGGAGACCAGCGAGGAGACAAUAAGACAGGUUUUCAGUCAGUGGAACCCAGGAUGUGUAGAGCGUGUGAAGAAAAUCCGUGAUUACGCAUUUGUUCACUUUACCUCCCGCGAUGACGCUGUUCUGGCUAUGGACCACCUCAACGGCACAGAGGUAGAAGGGUCCUGCAUCGAGGUCACUCUUGCCAAGCCGGUUGAUAAAGAGCAGUACUCACGCCAGAAGGCCUCAAAGGGAGGAGCCACGGCCACCCCAGAGGCGACUCCUCAGAACUACGUUUACCAGUGUGAUCCCUACACAUUGGCUUACUACGGUUAUCCCUACAGCACCCUCGUUGGACCCAACAGGGACUACUUCGUAAAAGGAUCCCCAAUGAUACAGAACAAUGCAGGUACUGUGCGAGGUCGUGGUCGUGCUGCUUCAGGUAAUCGUACCCCUGGACCACGGGGGUCGUACCUCGGAGGUUACUCUGCCGGUCGUGGCAUCUACAGCCGCUACCAUGAGGGCAAGACCAAGCAGCCCGAAAAGCCCUAUGAGCUGAUGAACAGUCUGGAGCUUGCUGCUUCCGUCAACCCAGUUGGCAUCAAACCUGGCACAAUGGCGUUGCCGACGCUGGGCGGGCAGUACCCAGUGUUCAGCCCCGCUCCCACAGCCAAGCUGAUGGAGGAGGGGAAGGUGCACACGGUGGAACACCUCAUGAACCCUCUGGCCAUGCAACACCCCGAACACACCACUGCUACUGCUGCUGGCACCGUCCUGCCUGCGGUCUCCACCCCUCCGCCCUUCCAGGGCCGUCCAAUCACUCCCGUCUACGCCAUGGCUCAUAACGUCCAGCGCAUCCCAACAGCCGGUGGCCUGUAUGGAGCCGGGUACGUCCCCAUACCAAACUACGCGGCCAACACGGCAGCUCUGGCUGCCCUGCAGAAAAACGCGGCCGUGGCGGCUGCAGCGUACGGAGGUUACGCCGGCUACGCUGUGCCGCAGGCCUUCCCUGCCACGGCCUUCCAGCUGCCCAUCCACGACGUCUACCAGACAUACUGAUUCAGAGACGACUCGAAACACCGGCGACGUUGUCGUGCCCGUGGCUGAAGUUGACAUCUCAGCAGUGUCUGUCCCAUGAUAUAGAAACAUCUCCUGAAGCUCUAGAGGAAUUUGUAGCAAACAUUAAGAGCACAGCCAGUGAUAAAAUGACACCUGCUCACGUCUCACCUGGAGCCGAGGUGACCACACUCUGUUCAUAAUUAGGUUUUCUAUUGAAUAUGUUAACAACAAUAAGCAUGACUCACAAUAGCACAACACAGUCUCUCCCUACUUUACUCUCUGACCCCAUCCGCCUUGUUGCUAGGGCAACGGGACCACCAAAGGUACGUUCAAGUAUUCAUGAAGAGAAGAUAUAUAUUUAAGGAUUUGCUCUGCGUAGGUCUCUCUCUUUAUCUUCUCUGACACAGGAAAGAUAGACCUUUACACUAUGUCUAGAGUGUAAAUGACAGAAAAGAAAGAAAGAGAAAAUAAUUUGAAGGCAAGUACAACAGGAACUACUGAUGAAUGAGAAUACCGCUGAGCACAGGUGUGUGUGGAUAUACUAAUGUUUUUUUAGUAUUUUUAUGUUCAUUAAAAUAUAGUAUUCUAGCCCGUGCUAAAUGCUGUAGGUGAUGCUGUCCGUCCAUGCUGGUUGAAGUGUAUGCUUUGAACAUGCCUGUUUGGUACUUUUUUUGGUAUAACUAGUUUUAUUGUUUUUUCGGUCGUUUUAAAUGAAGGUCUUAGGUGUUUGAGGUGCGUUUAUUUGCCUGUAUUUAGUUUGCUUGUUUUUUGUUGUUGUUUGUUUUUGUUUUCUGUCUCCACUUUAAGCUGACAUGAUGCCAGAUAAAUAUUGUAAUUGUGACAGAAUCCCCCCGGGGAAGAAAUGAUUGAGAAAGAAAACUGGAACACUUUUUAAAUGGUGGCCAACAAGCCUGGCAGACAUCAUGUGCUUGGAGAUGUUUCCCAUCCUAAGAAACAGCGCUGACAGGGGACUAAGACUGAAUAGAUAUUAGUUAUUGUUUUUUUUUUUUCUCAUUUAUGUAUGUUUUUAUUAUUGUGUUUGAACUGUAUGACUCUUGUAAGGUGAACAAAUAUGGACAGAAAUGAGAGACGUUUCUAUAUGGACUGGAGCGACUCUGUCACUGGAACAGCUCCUGCAUUUUGCUAAUGCUAACCAAAAAAAAAAAAGCAAAACAAAACAAAAACAAAACAGAAACAAUGCUACAUAGACAUUAGUGUGGGAAACCCCUAGAGAAGUGCCUUACAUCAUCUGCAUAUUGUAAGUGCGACUCAAUGCUAUUCACUGUGCCUUUCCUAACAAAGCCAAAACCAUACAAUACAUAGCCCAUUUUGUUAUACGUUAAUACAUCCCUUAAACCAGACAUGAGGUAUUACUGUAUCCUGGUGGGACGAGUAGGAUUCAGCCGGAUGUGACAAGGCUACCUCUCUCCUGUAGUCUCUCCUCAGUUGACACUCCAUACGCCUGUCUCCUCUUUAUUUCUCGUUCUCCAAACCAUGCUUGACCGAGGUGCACUUAAACGUAUUUAUAAAAAGGCGAGCGAUUGCCACUUUCAGAUGAAGAGAUAUUCAAUGCUGAGCAUUAAUUCAUGUGUGGACUGGACUAGUUUGGCUUUUUUUUUUUUGUUUUUUCUUCAGUGUUUGUAUGGGUUUUCUACGCAGGUUAAAGUAACGCGCCUGAAUGCUCAGCUGGCACUUUUUUAAAACUCUGCAGUGUGUCGAAAACAAGUGUAAUAUUUGGACUGGGAAUAACUGGAGCAAUACCUCACACUGAAAUAUGCAAGUUCAAUUUAUUAUUCAGUCUAUGCACUACAACACACAGCUGCGGAUCAUGAAGUAACACUCCACAAGCGCCAACCUCACACCAGAAACAUGCCAAACGUUUUCAAGUCGGAUUGUAUUUGAAAACCAGUUUACCUACUUUAACGGUAGUUUAUGUCAUCUCACGACACACACACAUAAAUUUGCCUAUGGGGAUGACAUGCAUUUUGAAAUAAGUCUAAAUGAAAAGAUUGACGAUCCUCAUUUGAAUCUGAUCUCACUCCGUCUUCUGCAUUUUACAACUUCUCAUCCUCUCGAACUGGAUUGAACGUAAAAGACAAACUUUUAUAAUUAUCUUGUAUGAUGACAAUGAGUCAGGAUAUAUUUAAUAUAUGCAUUACAUGUGUUGUGUAUGAAGUAAGAAAAGGUAUAAUAUAUUAUAAAAACAUGUUUCUUUUCUGUAUUUACAUCUUGUUUAGGGACACAAGUCAGAGUAACAAAAGUAGAAAAAAGUGCUUUCUGUCUUUCUUUCUUUUUUUUCUCUCUCUUUUUGCCAAAGUGUCCAAUAGUUUUUAAACAUUCAAGGUUAAUAAUGUGUUUGUUUUACUUGCUUUUACUUUGCUAUUAUGAACUGGAUUUGGGUGUUUUGAGUGGGAACACAGAGACCUUGACGUUCGGCUACAUUUUCUCAGUUUCGAAGUAUAAAACUGGCCCAAUAAAGUGUUACAACCCUGUGGCACUUUGAGCCGAAGGUGUUGCAACUCUGCACCUCAGUGUUGUUGGCUAAACCAUUAAAUGUAAUAAUUUAGCCGCCGUCCAAGCGGCGUGCGACCAAAUAGCCGAAAACAGCGUCCUUCUGAUUCUGCCUUCCGCUCAAAGCACCUGCUUUACUUUCUAUCACCUGCAUUUCAUCUACACUGCAGCGGUAGAAGGAACUCCUUAUGCCAGUGGCAAGGAGCAGCGUAAGCCUAGUUUUAUAUAGGUGUUACCAUUUAUACUAUUUCUAGUGUGUGCCUUAUUGCCAAGAUGUGCCCUUUGCUAUGCCUUUGUAAACCUAUGCAGACUGUUUUCUAUCAGGUUUGUUUAAAAUAAACCCUUUCCUGCGUUGUCAUAUUUAUAGUGAUAGAUAAAUAAAGCAUUUUCUCAAAGGA